GCAGGCCCAGAACCCUGUGCGAGGACCCGGCUCGCUCGGUCGGGAUGAAGGCGCUCGGGGCUGUGCUCCUGGCCCUGCUGCUGUGUGGGCAGCCAGGGAGAGCGCGGGCGCAGGACGAGGACGAUGACGACGAUGACGUGGGCCUGGACGGCUACAGCGACGACGAUGAGGAAGAGGAAGAGGAGGCCCAGGCCAACACCGGCAGCAGGGACACAGCGCGGCUGCAGUGCUACACCUGCCAGGCCCUGCAGAGGGAGGAGCGCUGCGGCCACACCCAGAGCUGCACCGACAGCCAGGCCUUCUGUACCACCCUCAUCGCCCAUGGCAACACCGAGUCGGGCCUGCUGACCACCUACUCGACGUGGUGCGCAGACACCUGCCAGCCCAUCACCAAGACGGUGGAGGGGACGCAGAUGACCAUGACCUGCUGCCAGUCCACCCUGUGCAACGUCCCGCCCUGGCACAGCCCCCGCCCCCAGGACCUGCCGGGCGGCAGCAGCCCCGGCCACCCGCAGGGGGCGGGAGCCGGCGGGCCCCUGAGCAGCCUGGCAAACGUGGGCGCAGCCCUGCUGCUCAGCCUCCUCGCCAGCCUUUGAGCAACGGGGACCUGGGUGCUGGCCCCCACCGCCGGCCCUGCCAGCCUGGCCCCCCACCUGCCCCU